ACUAGAUUAAGAUAACUGUAAUACCAUUUAAUCCAGACCUUGAUCAUCUACUGUUCAAAUUUGAUGGUCAGUACAGUUGAAACGUUAUGGUGCAUCAAUGUAUCGACACAGGAAAUAUCAAAAAUAUGAACCGGGAAUGUCUUGGGUAACAUUUGGAAGUCCUCUUUGGAGAAAGGACACAGUACCAACAACCAUCAAAUCACUUCCAUCAAUCGAUGAAAUGCGGCGAAUGGAAAAAAGCUUUGUCAAUGAUGCAGUAAAAACACAGAUACACCACAGUUCAAGACGGACAAAUAUUAUUCCACAUUAUGACGCAAUGGAAGAUAGAUUCGCCAUGUCAUACUUCAAGUCACCAUUAACGCAAGCCAUCAUCGACAGAACAUUAGCUAUUAAGGAAAUCAAAAACAAGAAUGACAUAGAUAUCAGGAAAAAUAUUAACAAGCUGAGUUUCCGGCAACGAUGCAAAGCAACACCAACAGUGGAGGAAAUACGACAGCGCGAGAAAAAAUACGUCAAUGACGCCAUAAUUACAGAAAAGAAACGUACAAAAUAUAAAGACAUUAUACCUGUAUACGACGCCUCUAAUGACGAUCAUUGUAAAGCAUAUUUUAAUCGACCUGAUGUAAAACGUCUUGUAACUAAAACAUGUUCACCUAGAAAACCUUUAUACAGAAUAUAGAAUAUAUUGAAUACGUGUAACUAGUCAAUUAGUACAUAUCCAUAUAAAGCUAUGAAGAAUAACUGUCACAAAGUCUAAAUAUUUCAGUAUUGGGAUAUUUAGAACCGGUAUAUUUAGAUAUGGAAGAAUUGUCAAAUUAUUAGAAAACCCUGCUUUACAUGGGUGUCUAUUUCUUACUUUCGAAACGUUUCGUUUUAUGUGAAUAAAAAAAAGAGUUAUCUCUCUUGCAUUUGUUAGAAAUAGACAUCAGUAUACUUUGUUUCUUUCGUAAACCAAGUUAAUGCAUUAGUGUCUUGUAGUUUUUAACAGAUUCAUAUACACAAUAGACAUGUUUAUUCAGAUAUUAGAAAUAAGGAUAGUAAUCUUCAUGUCGCAGAAGUUUGUACAACUGUAGAAACCACUAAAAUUCUAAAAAUUGUUCCGCAGAAUUCCGCGUUGUCUGUUUUUGGAAUUAACAAUCAUAUAAAGUUUGAUCAUAUGAAAGUUGAAAUUAUUUAGUUUUCGUGGCUAAUCAAAAGUGUAUAAUGAUAUUAAAUCCAAAGUAAAUAUGGCAGAAGUAGGGCAGUCAUAUUCCAAUAUAUAGUUCCUUAACAUUUUAUCAUCCUUCUAACAAUUAUACAAACUAGCAGUGAUUACCACAUAUAGUAGUCUUGAAACACUUUUUUCGCAUUGUAACAUAUUUUUUCAUGAAAGUGCUGAUUUUUAUUUUCACUUUAUAUCUGUAUUAUAAGAAUUCUUUCAAUUAAUACAUUGUAUCUGUAUGUUCAUAAUUAUGUUAUAUCAAUAGAUAUUCAUACGUUU